AACAAACAAUAUCCCUAUCAAUAUAUCUCAUAUUGAUAAUGAUAUCAUACAAUUAAUUACCACAAAUAAAUAACAGCAACUUACAAACACACCUAAAUAAAUCUGCCAAAAAAACACCAUAACCCCACACGUACCAUGUGGCCAAGUUAUAAUAAUACACACCGCCAAUCCGCCCCUAUAGUCGCUUGCCGGCCGGCCACUGACGAGUUGCAGUCCCUCCCUCCCUCCACCCGGCAUGCAUGCAGUUCAUUGAAUUUAGCUCAGUUAUCACCUCAAUUCCUUCAGAACAGAGCGCUGACUUCAAAUUAGAAAAAAAAAAAAAAACAUUUUCAAGUACUCGUCAAAAGUGUCAAGAAUCAGUUGAUCCCAAUAACUCGAGUUGUUGAGAGAAGGUUAUGCUGGAUCUUAUACCAUUCUUUAACACGCCCCCUCAAACGAAAGUCAACCCAUGAGCUUGAAGUUUGCACAGGCCCACCGUAUCAUUUGCUUGAAAGACAACGGUUAAUAUUGGGGGUCAUGGAGAUUCGAACACAUGACUUUUUGGUUCUAGGCUCUGAUACCAUAUCAAGAACCAGUUAAUCCCAAUAACUCGAGUUGUUGAGAAAAAGUUAUGCUGGAUCUUAUACCAUUCUCUAACAAAAAGAAUCUCCAUAAGCCACGUUUCACCCUCUCCCUGCAAAAACCUAGCCAGUUGAAAAUUCGCUCUGAUAUUCAAUCAAUCAAUCAAUUCCAUUGUAAGGAAAGAAAACAAAUGCAAGUGGAUCUCAUCACUAACACUACACUAACUACUGAUUAAGAUUCCCCUCCUCCCACGGGGAAACCUGACAACUUAGUUAAUAACUUCACGAGGGAACAUGCUACAACCAUUAAGAAGUCUAUAAAAGGGGCAUUAAGACCAGAGCUGAGCAUAUACAGUUCGGUAAUCAGGCAUUAUAGCUAAGAAUCAGCCAACAAAAGUGUGAUUUAAGUAUGGAGGGAGUUAGCAGUAAGUUGAUGGUGGUGGCGGCGGCGGUGCUAGUGAUUAUCAUGUUUGUUGGCAGUGCAACUCAAGCCUACGGCAGCUACGCGAUGUGCAGUUACGGGCCAUGCAAGCUGCAGCAACUGGAAUGUCCCCAUGAAUGCCCUGAACUCUAUCCCUCCAACCCUAAGUCCAAAGCUUGCUACCUCGACUGCUACUCUCCAGUCUGCAAGCCUUCCUGCAAAAAUCGCAAACCAAACUGUAACUCUCCGGGAGCAGCCUGCCUGGACCCGCGAUUCAUCGGCGGGGACGGAAUCGUCUUCUACUUCCACGGCAAGACCAACGAGAAUUUCGCCCUCGUCUCCGACCCCACCUUCCAGAUCAACGCCCGCUUCACGGGCCACAGGCCCGUGGGCCGGCCCAGGGACUUCACCUGGAUCCAGGCCCUGGGCUUCGUCCUGGGCUCCACCCCCACUACUUUCUCCCUCGAGGCCACAAAAUCCGCCACGUGGAGCGACGACAUCGACCACCUCAAGUUCACCUACAACGGCGCCGAACUCGCCGUCCCCGCCGGCCACCUGUCCACGUGGCAGUCACCCGACGACGCCAUCACGGUGCAGCGGACGUCCGACCGGAACAGCGUGGUGGUCACGAUCCCGGAGGUGGGCGAGGUGACGGUGAACGUGGUUCCGGUGACGGCGGAGGACGACCGUGUCCACGGGUACAAGGUCCCCGCCGACGACUGCUUCGCCCAUUUGGAGGUUCAGUUCAAGUUCUUCCGCGGGAUGUCGGAGAAGGUGGAGGGUGUGCUGGGGAAGACUUACCGGCCGGAUUUCAGGAACCCGGCGGCGAAGCCCGGGGUGGCGAUGCCGGUGGUCGGAGGGGAGGACGUGUACCGGACGUCGUCGCUCCUGGCGGCGGAUUGUGGGGCCUGCUUGUUCGAUCCGGCGGCGGCCGGCAGUGGUGGUGAUUUGGUGAUGGUGGGGGAGAAUGAGGUGAUCGAUUGCAGCGGGCGGUUUGGAAGUGGGAAUGGGAUUGUGUGCAGGAAAUGAUGAUGGUGGUGGUCUGAAAUUUUAAUAAUGUUUCGAAGUGUAUGUUUGUUUGAUUUUCUGUUUAGUUUGAGAUUUUAGUAGUUCAAUCGGUCGAUCCAUUUGUAUACUACUAAUGCAAAUGGGGUGAGACUUUGUCUACUAGGUUCUCAAACUUGUAUUUGCAAAUUCAUAUGUUGUCCUAAUUUGAGGUCUCCACCUAUCAAAUUAACCGUUAGUGGUUAUCUUUAGAUGAGGUGAAGUUUGAGAUUUUGUAAGAUGUUCAAUUUUAUGCAUAUUGUAUGGCGGUUGCUGGAACGUAAGAUGAUAUGUAGUAUGCUCAAUUGAACAACACUUAUAAGAUAAUGAAUCGAUUUAAGAGUAGAAGAAUUCGUAAAAAAAAAAAAGAAAAUAUGGAAACCUAAAAAGAAGAAGAAAAGGUGGGGAUUAGUAUUGGACUAAAACUCACUUUGUAAUAGAGGGUUUCCCUUGGGAGAUAAGGUUGGAAUUUGAUAAGAUGCAUGUUUUUCCAAUGACAAAGAUGUGCCUCAUUUAGUUAUACUCGGACUAUUACUUGCUCUAAAUAGUAUAGAGUAGUAUCAGCUACGCCUUAAAAGUUGUAUUUUUAAUAUUAUAGAAGCUCAUAUUGCGGAACCAAAUUGUUGUUGACCAUUUGGUAGAAGUGGUUAGCCACACUUGAAUGGUCACUUGUUCGAGUUGUGGUAUUCUCUCGUCUCUCACACAAAAAAUGCACAAGUGUAUAAUACUUUGUGGAAGCCAUAGCUAUUGACUUGUGUACUAAUUUCUCUACACAUCAUGCUUACUUUCUCUACACAUCAUGCUUAUGAUUCAACAUUUUAAGGUCAAGUAUGUCAUCUGCGAAAAUCGAUAAUCAAGAGCAAACGAAAAUUGACGUCAAUGCAAAGAUCAUUGCCAAAGAGAUUCUUCAAAGAUGUGGUCUUGUCAUCAACAUAAAGGCUAGGCUAUACUGAAAUGGACACCAAUCAUGGAUGCGGAUGGAAGCCAUUUUUCAGACCCACUAAAUGGUGGAAGAUGAUGCAUGUUACCUAAAAGAUGCUGGUCUGCAAAUAGCUGCACAAAAAAGUGCUGCCUUUUUCUCCCAUAAGAUAAUGACUUGUCAACUCUACUAAGCAAUUCUACAGUGAAGACAUAGUGUUCUUUUUUUAACAUUUGACACCAGAGUUGAGGCUGAGCAUGAUCUUUUCCUUUCUAGUACUCAAGAAAAGGGCCUCCUUGUUGAUGUGAAGGUUACUUGAGAGUUGACAACAACCAACUGAUCGAACUGUAUGAGAAAGUCAUAUAAUUAGUGGAAGAAUUGUGAUGGGAAUCGACAUGAUUAUUCCUUAAUUUUAUUAGUGAAUGAAUUAUGAAUAAUAAGGCAAGGAUUAAUCUGACUUUUUGCUGAUUCUGUUUUCCACCCAAUUUGGCGAGAGUUUAGGAGAGGGGAAUCCAAUCCACCUACCACAUGCCAGCGCCUCUAGAGACUUUUGAGUUGGCAUUUUUGAAUAUAGGGAAAAGGUAUCCACCAAACAAGAAAAUGUUGUAACGUGUUGGGAAAUCGAUUAUACGAGAAAGUAAAUAACACAUGAAUUUAUGUAGUUUACUAGAAUGAUGUGUGUUCGCUAAUUCGGAAAGUCUAACCUAAUCCAACCUGUAAAAAAAAAAAAGAAGAUUACAUACCGACGCAAAACAGUAGGUAAAACGUGUCACCGAGACCCCAUAAAUUUCAUAAAUAAAUAAAUUUUUUUUCAACUUAUAUCAACAAGUGAUAUAUCUAGCUCUGACAAGAAAUGUGAUCUUGUGUUUGAAGAGCACUUCUACUAUGCUAUAUAGCAUUGGUGUUUUAAUGUACAAGUUAAAGUUGUACCAUAACAUUAAAUGUAUAAGUUUAGG